CGCACCCUGCCCGGGCCGCACUGCGCUCUCGCAGCGGAGCACCCUUCUCACUUCUUAGUCUCCCUGACGGACUUUCCAGCUCUUCUCUCCUCUUACCCAAACUUACUUUCCCGCCUCUCAAAACUAACUUCCCUCUAUCUCCCGACUCCUUUUGCCCCCCGGCUCAACCCUCCUCAAGCCCACAAACCCACCUCCCCAUUCCUCUCUCCCGUCCCCUUCCUCCCUCCCCCGGACCCCCUCAGCUCUUCUUCCCCUUACACCCCAGAGCCAGUCCAGUCCGCGCGCUCCGGCGCUCCCACAGUACUCAGUCUCCUGCUCCAACUCCUCUCGAAGUCAUGGCCGGACCUGGGGGCUGGAGGGACAAGGAGGUGACAGAUCUAGCCCACUUGCCGGAUCCAACUGGAAUAUUCUCACUAGAUAAAACCAUUGGCCUUGGUACUUAUGGAAGAAUCUAUUUGGGACUUCAUGAAAAGACUGGUGCAUUUACAGCUGUUAAAGUAAUGAAUGCCCGUAAGACUUCUAUGCCUGAAAUAGGAAGGCGGGUGAGAGUAAAUAAAUAUCAAAAGUCUGUUGGAUGGAGAUACAGCGAUGAGGAAGAGGAUCUCAGGACUGAACUCAAUCUGCUGAGGAAGUACUCUUUCCACAAAAACAUUGUGUCGUUCUACGGUGCAUUUUUCAAGCUGAAUCCCCCUGGCCAGAGGCAUCACUUUUUUAUGGUAAUGGAGUUGUGUGCAGCAGGCUCAGUCACUGAUAUAGUGAGGAUGACAAGAAAUCAAAGUUUAAAAGAAGAUUGGAUUGCUUAUAUCUGUCGAGAAAUCCUUCAGGGCUUAGCUCACCUUCAUUCACACCGAGUAAUUCACCGGGAUAUCAAAGGUCAAAAUGUGCUGCUGACUCACAAUGCUGAAGUCAAACUGGUGGAUUUUGGAGUGAGUGCCCAGGUGAGCAGAACUCAUGGACGGAGAAAUAGCUUCAUUGGUACACCAUACUGGAUGGCACCUGAAGUGAUUAAUUGUGAUGAGGACCCACGAAGCUCCUAUGAUUACAGGAGUGAUGUUUGGUCUGUGGGAAUCACUGCUAUUGAAAUGGCUGAAGGGGCGCCUCCUCUAUGUAAUCUUCAGCCGCUGGAGGCCCUGUUCGUUAUUUUACGGGACUCUGCUCCCACAGUCAAAUCCAGUGGAUGGUCCCGCAAGUUCCACAAUUUCAUGGAAAAGUGCAUGGUAAAAAAUUUCCUAUUUCGUCCUACUUCUGGAAGCAUGCUGCAUCAUCCUUUUGUUCGGGAUAUAAAAAAUGAAAGGCACAUUGUGGAGUCAUUAACAAAGCAUCUUACUGGGAUCAUUAAAAAAAGACAGAAAAAAGGCUUGCCUCUGGUCUUUGAAAGAGAAGCAGCUAUUAUGGAACAGUACACCACAAGAAGAUUCAGAGAACCUUUGGGCACUCAUGAACUGAGAAUUCCAACCAGCAGCAGAUGCAGACCACUUAGAGUCCUACAUGGAGAACCCCCUCAGCCUAGGUGGUUGCCUGAUCAAGAAGAGCCACAGGUUCAAGUACUUCAGCAACUGCAGGGGGCAACCAGAGUGUUCAUGCCACUACAUACUCAGGAUAGUGCACUUAAGCCUUUGCAGAAGCAGGCUCAGGCACCUCCACGACUAUAUAGAGCAGCUCAGGUGUUCAAGCCACUACAAACUCAGAUUAAGGCUAAGGCAUCUAUACCUCUAUACAUGCAGAUUAAGGCACCUCCACGACUAAGGAAGGCAGCCAGGGUCCUCAUGCCAAUACCUAGUCAGAGUAUAACGCCUAGUCUUCUACAAGUACAAGCCCCCAUACCUAAAGAGAUCCAGGCUCAGGUCAAGACAUUAGAAUUGGACCAGCCUAAAGAUCUGGACCAGGUGCCAGAAGAAUUUCAGGGGCAAAAUCAGGCAUCUGAACAACAGCAAAGGCAGGGCCAGGCAGCUGAACAACAGCAAAGGCAGAAUCAGAUUCCUGAGCAGCAUCUGGAUCAGAAUCAGGCACCCGAACAGCCAGAGGUACAAGAACAGGCUGCCGAGCCUGCACAAGCUGAGACUGAGGCAAAGCAACCUGAGUUAUUACAAGUACAUGCCCAGCUGUUCCUGCCUCUACUCUCACAGAACCAUCAUGUGCUCUUGCCACUUCAUUUGGAUACCCAGAUACUAAUUCCAAUAGGGGGACAAAAUGAAGGGUCAUGUCAAGCACAGGCCUGGGCACUAGGGGCCUCACAGGCAGUUGACUCAGUUCAAGCAUUGGUAGAGGGACUAUCAAGAGACCUGCUUCGAGCCCCACACUCACAUAUCUCAAAGCCACUUGGUCCACUACAAACCCUGAUGGAAAACUUGUCAUCAAACAUGUUUUACUCUCAACCAGAACAGACAAGGAAGAAAAAAUCGAAAGUUUCUAGUCUAAGGCAAGCAUUGGCAAAAAGGCUAUCACCAAAGAGGUUCAGGGCAAAGUCAUUAUGGAGAAUUGAAGAGUUUGAACUCUCAGAUUUGGAAGCUGGCAGGAGACGGCGCCAACGUAGAUGGGAGGACAUUUUCAAUCAGCAUGAAGAGGAACUGAGACAAGUUGAAAAUGACAACGAAGAUGAUUCAUCAGACAAUGAUGAAGUGUUUCAUUCAAUUCAGGCUGAAGUCCAAAUAGAGCCAUACAUUCCAAACCCUACAGGAAAUGAGGCCCAAGAAAGAUCUAUGCCUUCCAAUCAGGAUCGUACACAUCGUGUGAAAUUUUCUUCAAGUGUUUCUCAGCGGUCCUUUUCGGAGCAAGCUCAGAAGCCCAUUGACAUCACACAGAGGCGUUCACAAAAUCCUCAGAAUUGCCAAGCAGCAUCAGAAUCAUCUUCUGAGGAGGAGAGUCCUGUAGUUAGGAGGAAGUCCCAGUCAUCACCGCCUUAUUCAACUAUUGAUCAGGAGUUACUGAUUGAUAUCCAUGUUCCAGAUGGAUUUAAAGUAGGAAAAAUAUCACCCCCUGUAUACUUGACAAAUGAAUGGGUAGGCUAUAAUGCACUCUCUGAAAUCUUCUGGGAUGAUUGGUUAAUUCCUGCACCUGUCAUUCAGCAACCUGAAGAGGAUGGUGAUUAUGUUGAGCUCUAUGAUGCUGGUGCUGAUACUGAUGGUGAUGAGAAUGGUUCUAAUCAUGCUCAUGAAGAUACCUAUGGCCAUGUCAAUGGCAAUGAUGGCUUGAAUAACCAGAUUGAUCAAGCAAAUGAUGUCUGUGAAGACGAUGUUGAUAACUACAAAGAUGAGUCUGUUCAUGACAUAAAUGAUAAUCAUGAUGGACCAAGGGUAAGCUAUGGCACACAGGGAAUCUUCAUGCAAGUUGGUAGUGAUGGAAGUGAUGAAAAAUGGAAAGCUGUCAGAGGCUAUGGAAGCAGCGGAGCCAAAAGUAACCAGAGAAAUACUGCCAGUGGAGGCAGUGCAGCCUUGGGAAAUCUGGGAGCUGGAGCUAAUAUAGGCAAUGUAAAAGUUCACAGAGAUACAGAUGUCAGUGGAAGCAAUGAAGAGAAUGGAUUCCUUGGACUCAGAGGGGAAGAAGCUUGCUCACAGAAAGAUGGUCCAGAGCUGCAGAAAUAUGAAUUCCGGGACUUUGACCAUGAACAGGAGGAGUCAGAUGCUGGAACUGAGAUCUCGAACUCCGUAUCCUUGGACAUUGCACCCCUAGCACAUGAUGGUGAGAAUGACAAUGACAUAUCAGAAUCAUCAACCCGAUUGGGUUUUCCUAUCAGUCUCUCCUCUUCCAGAGGUUCUGGGACAGCUUCUGAUGCUGACAUUGCCAGUGGCAUCCUACAUGCUGGAUUUGUUGAAGUGCCUGAGAAACCACCUAAGCAACCAUCUGAAGUCAAUGUUAACCCAAUCUAUAUCUCUCCUACAUGUAAAAAACCACUAAUCCACAUGUAUGAAAAAGAAUUCACUUCUGAAGUCUGCUGUGGUUCUUUGUGGGGAGUCAAUUUGUUGCUGGGCACCCGAUCUAAUCUGUAUCUGAUGGACAGAAGUGGAAAGGCAGAUGUUAUUAAACUUAUAAAGCGAAGACCAUUCCGGCAGAUUCAAGUCGUGGAGGAACUCAAUUUGCUGAUUACCAUCUCCGGCCACAAGAACAGACUUCGGGUGUAUCAUUUGACUUGGCUGAGGAACAAGAUAUUGAAUAAUGAUCCAGAAAGUAAAAGAAGGCAGAAAGAAAUGCUGAAGACAGAGGAAGCUUGUAAAGCUAUUGAUAAGUUGACUGGCUGUGAACACUUCAGUGUCCUUCAACAUGAAGAAACGACAUAUAUUGCAAUUGCAUUGAAGUCAUCAAUUCAUCUUUUUGCGUGGGCACCCAAAUCCUUUGAUGAAAACACUGCUAUAAAAGUGAUAUGCAUUGAUCAGUCAGCAGACUCCGAAGGAGACUACAUGUCCUAUGAAGCCUAUAUACGAAUACUGGCAAGAAUUCAGGCAGCUGAUCCAGUGAACCGGUUUAAGAGACCAGAUGAGCUCCUUCAUUUGCUGAAGCUAAAGGUAUUUCCAACUCUUGGUUAUAAGCCAGUGACAGUUGAUCUGUCCAUUGGUUCUGAGAAAAGACUAAGGAUUUUCUUCAGCUCAGCUAAUGGAUAUCAUAUCAUUGAUGCAGAAUCUGAAGUUAUGUCUGAUGUGGCCUUGCCAAAUAACCCCCUGGAAAUCGUUAUACCACAGAAUAUCCUCAUUUUGCCUGAUUGCUUGGGAAUUGGCAUGAUGCUCACCUUCAAUGCUGAAGCACCCUCUGUGGAAGCAAAUGAACAGCUCAUCAAGAAGAUCCUUGAAGUGUGGAAAGACAUACCAUCUUCCUUAGCUUUUGAGUGUACACAGAGAACCACAGGAUGGGGCCAAAAGGCUAUUGAAGCACGUUCCUUGCAGUCAAGAGUUCUGGAAAAUGAGCUGAAGCGCAGGUCAAUCAAGAAACUGAGAUUUCUGUGUACCAGGGGUGACAAGCUGUUCUUUACUUCUACUCUCCGUAAUCAUCACAGCCGGGUUUACUUUAUGACCCUCGGAAAACUUGAAGAGCUCCAAAACCAUUAUGAUGUUUAAAAGGUUCCAAUGAUUUAUUACAACAUUUACACACAUCACAUAUAUACCAUUGCAUCUUCAGAUUUAAGUUUUAUCAUUAGAGAAGAAUUUAAUCCAAGACUUUUAAUGUAGCACAGAAUAGUUUUAAUAAGAAAUGCAGCUUUAAAAAUAAAAUUAAUGAUAGCAAGCUCUGUGUACUCCACUGGUGUACAAUAUGUUUUGCACAAACUUUGUAACUUUUGUUACUGUGAAUUCAAAUAUUAUUCUUAGGACAGUUUGGACAGUAUCUGUAUUCAGAUUUACAGCAUGGAGUAAAAAUCCUGUUAUUAAUUGUAUUACAAACAGCUUUCAAAUGAAUUGGCCCUUAAAAAAACCUUUCUAAAAGAGAAAAACCAAUAGAAAAACAUAUGAUUGUUUUUCCAAGCAAAGGUUAGAUCACGAGGCAAAAAUUGUAAUGACUUUUAUAGCCUAGACGAAGGUUGAACAACCUGUAUGCCCAAGGAAAAUUCCAGUGAUUAAUGGGGACAUGCCACCCAUUUUCCGUAAUUAAGCCCAUUCUUAGAGAGCACAUGUAGUCUUUUUUGCUCCUUGUUAAGCAGGUUUUCUCUAUAUAAGAUUAAAAAAAGAAAGCCUCUGAUGCUUGGGUUUCCCCUGAACUCCCAAAUACGUGCACUAGCUGUUUUCCAACCUAUCAAAUAAUGUAUUUGAAAGCCUGAAUACAGGACUGAACUCCAAUACACAUGUACUGUAGAAAGAUUUUUUUAAAAAAUACUUUAAAAUAGGCGUCAAAUUCUGUCCCCAAGAUUGGUUGAUUUUUGAAAAUUAUUAACCUUCUAAUAGUAGAAAGCACCAAAUAGUUUUACCCAGUAAAAUUUCCUUCCAGUUAUUAAACAAAACAAAAGCAAUGCAUUAAAAUAAAAUAACUUUCGUGAAUAAUACUUAGAUUUCACAGUUCUAUCACUAUAAACACAGAAACUAAAAGAAUGUCAGUGAUAAUUUCAUAUUUAGAAACUUUUCAUAUUUAAAGACUUUUAGAACAAUAUAACCUUCAUUGUAUAUCAAAGUUUGCAAAAUUGGAGUAGUGAACUUCAUGCCAGUCCAUACCCAAAUAUGCUAUAGACGCCAUAAAUAGGUGAUAUUUGCUCACCUAUGGUAACUACUACCUGAUAAAUAGCAUAAUUUAUGCAUAUCCAUCCUCAAUGUCAUGGUCAGUUCUAGGGCAAUAUAGAAAGCCACAGAACUACCACCAAGUAUACCUCAGUAAUUCCUCUAGUUCUACUUCUAAAAUCUGAAGACAUUGCUAGUGGAAUAAUGAUUUUUAAACUACCUGAUUAACCAAAACCAAAAGCAGCUGACUGUGUGUGAUUUCAUGAUAGCAUAUCAUUUCUUGGCAUCUUUUUGCCAGAAAUGAAGAUUUCAUUUUCCUAAUGAUUUAUAUUAAUGUUAAAAUGCAGGAGAACGUGAAUCCACGAGUUAAAGAUAAAAAUGUGAUCCACAUUUCUGUUACUGUGACACAUAAUGUGAUCCUGAAACUGGCAUAUUCUUGACUGUUUACAAUUCAAAUUACUUUUUUAAUUACAGUAGCCUUUUAAGAUAAGCAAACGUUAACAUCAAAUUUAUUCCCUUAGAAGUAGUCUUUUUAAAAAUUUGUACACCAAAAGGCCUUGGGGAACUUCAUGCAAGUACCUCAUUGCUGGGCAAAUGGAGCUUGCUAUGUUUGAAUUUCAGAUUUUUUUUCUCAUUUAAGUAGUAUGUAUGAACAAGUCUUUUAAGAAUUCUUUUUUUUCUUCAUAAUAUUUACUCAAAGUUAAGUUUUAUCUUAAAAUCAUAUGUUUAAGGCAGUAAUAAAGUAAAAAUUAUUUUAGUAACUCAACUCCCAUUGUUCUCUGUGGCAGUUAUUCCAGUGAGAUGAUGAAAUUACAGAAUCUAUGAAGUUGUCCUAAGGUAACCACAUAGGAAACAUUAUAAAUCUGUAACUGAGCUUCAAAGGAUAAAGUACUAAUGAAGAGAAACUUGGCAUCUAGCAGGAAGGGAGAUUAAAGAGUCGGGUGGCCAAGUAUAUAGAAUUGAAAAAAAAAUUAUUACUAUUGUUCAUUAGCAAUGAAUAGUAAUAAUGAGUGUUUCCAAUGUAGGUGUAAAUCCAUGUGGUAUCUUUAAACUCUUCACAGGCAAAACAAGAAAGAGAAGGGACAAUGGCAUUUCGUAGUCUGUACUUUGUAAUAGGGGAAAGGUCAUGUGUGCUUCACUUUUUAACAGUACUUGGAAGCCUCAACCCAUAGCAGAAAUGUGGAUGGGGACUCCUGAAAGCCAAUUUCCUCAGUCCUGUGUUUUGAAGCACAAAUGUUUUGACAGUUGUGAGUACCACUGGUAAGAGAGUAUGGUUUUAUCCAAGUUCCAUUUAGUUUUUUCACCAAAGCCCUUGUAAUAAAAGGCACUGUUAGAAAUUUUGAAAAGCAGAAAAUGUUGACUGCGUAGGGCUGAUAAGAAAAUUUUAAGUGUAUGUAUUUGUUCAAGCAAGGUAAGAUCCUAAAAGCAAAACUAAUAAGGGAAAAUCAUUAAGGCAGUAAAACAGGCAGAGCAACAUCAUGCGUGCACUCACCUCCCCACACACAAACAUAAAAUACAUACAUUUUAAUACUUUCAAGCAUGACCAGUUCUGACAAAAAUUGAUCACAAAGUCAUGUUUUGUGCUGAGAUUCAUUUAUUUGAAGACUGAGGCUGGCUCAGUUAGUAAAGCUCAUGCCUUCCAAAUGUGAGGACCUGAGUUUAAUCCCCCAAAGCCACAUAAAAAUGCCAGACAUGGUGUUGGGCACUGUCAAUCCCAGUGCUGAAGAAGGGGACACAAAUAGAUCUCUCUAACUUGCUGGCUAGCUACUCUAACCUAAUUGGAGAGCUUCAGGCCAAUGAGAGACCCUGUCUCAAAGGAGGUGACUAGUAUUCCUGAGGACAACACUGGUUGUUGUCCUCUGGCCUCUGUGCAUAUACACACACGCACCUGCACAUGUAUACAUAAAAUACACAUACAAUACACAUACACAUAACACAAAAAUUAAAAGAUUGAUUUAAUUAAGACAUCAGUAGGAGAAGGAAUAAUGCCACAUAUUCUCAAUGGGAUCUUUUAUGUACUCUGAAUUGUUGAAGAUAUUUUCUUGUUUGAAUCAACUUGUAUUCAACCUGUACUCUAAACCUAUCAAGUUAAUCUUUCAGACUAUUUGUUUUAUCAAAAAUUCUGUAAUGAACCAUUUGGCCUUUCAAA